AUAUAGAUGAUGCAGCCGUGUUCUUUUUCCUUACUGAUUCAUUUUGCAAACAUGCUGAGGCCAAGCAGGGUAUGAUUAGAUUAAUUCUUGUAUCAUUGUUAUAUGCAUGUAGAUGGAUCCCUCUUUGAGCCGCGAGCUGUUGUGUAAGCAAGCAGCUGCCUUGACAGUAGUGAUGGUUUCAUUUGUUACAACUAGGCUUAAAAGAAAAAGGUUUGAUCCUGAAGUAGAGCCUGACCCUCUAGUCUAUGUACUUAGGGAACAAAGUGAACUUCACAGACAGAGGACCCUCAACAUGAUUUACAACUCCACUGAUGUAGAGUGCAUUUCCAUGCUUAGGAUGAAGAGAGCCCCUUUUUUUGCUUUAUGCACGACCUUUAGAGAGAGGGGACUGGUAACUGAUAGGGAGGGGGUGCCAGUAGAGGAGCAAGUUGCCAUGUUCUUGCAUGUUGUUGGUCACAACCAAAGGUUCAGAGUUGUGCACCAGGCCUUUAGGAGGUCCAUUCAGACAGUACACAAGCACUUUCAUCAGGUUUUGUAUGCUGUUGGAGAGCUUAGGAAGGAACUUAUCAAGGCACCUAGCCCUACCACUCACCCAAAGAUCACUGGAAGCUAUAGAUGGAAUCCAUAUUUAAAGGACUGCAUUGGUGCCAUUGAUGGCACCCAUGUGCUGGCAAGGGUGCCUAGACACAUGCAGCAAGCUUUCAGGGGUAGGAAAACUAACCCGACACAAAAUGUGAUGGUUGCUGUGGACUUUGACCUCAAGUUCACAUACGUUCUAGCUGGCUGGGAGGGGUCUGCCCAUGAUGCACUUAUCCUAGCUGAUGCCAUUGAGAGGGAUGAUGAGUUCACUGUCCCACAAGGUAAUUGCACUACCAAGUUCACAUUGUAGGUAAAUUCUACAAUGUCACACAAGCUCACAGUAGAUUUCACAUUGUAGGUAAAUUCUACUUGGUAGAUGCGG